ACCUCCCCCACCCGAGGGCCUGUGGUUGCAAAGAUGCUCUAACAGGAAGCGGGUUUGAGGAGCUGCACAGCUUCCUGCUCCCCUCGAGCUGCACAGGACGAGAAGGGCUAGUGCUCAGCUUGGCCACGAGACACAGCUUCAUGCCAGGGUUCUGGUAGCUUCCUCUUCCAUAUCUACUUCCGUGUGGCCCCAGGGGCCCUGAGAGGCAAGCUCUGCUGUCUCUUGCCCAGGCCACCCCCCACCUCCAGUUUGGAGCCCUGCCCCCCUGGGGCUGGGCCAAACCCAACUACUGACUGGGAUUCCAUGGGGGACUGGUAGGUCAAAGGUCUUGGGGGACAGAGGUCCGGGGGGCUCUGGCCAUGAAGUCUCGACAAAAAGGAAAGAAGAAAGGCAGCUCCAAGGAACGGGUGUUUGGGUGUGACCUACGGGAGCAUCUACAACAGUCCGGCCAGGAAGUGCCCCAGGUGCUACGGAGCUGUGCAGAGUUUGUGCAAGAGUAUGGAGUGGUGGAUGGAAUCUACCGCCUCUCAGGGGUCUCCUCUAACAUCCAGAAGCUCCGGCAGGAGUUUGAGGCUGAGAGGAAGCCAGACCUGCGGCGGGACGUUUACCUCCAGGACAUCCACUGUGUCUCCUCCUUGUGCAAGGCCUAUUUCAGAGAACUACCAGAUCCCCUCCUCACUUACCGGCUCUAUGACAAAUUUGCUGAGGCAGUGGCUGUGCAGCUAGAGCCAGAACGCUUGGUCAAGAUCCUAGAAGUACUUCAAGAACUCCCUGUCCCAAACUACAGGACGCUGGAGUUCCUUAUGCGCCACUUGGUCCACAUGGCCUCAUUUAGUGCCCAAACCAACAUGCAUGCCCGCAAUUUGGCGAUUGUGUGGGCCCCCAACCUGCUGAGGUCUAAGGACAUAGAAGCCUCGGGCUUCAAUGGGACAGCAGCAUUCAUGGAGGUUCGUGUGCAGUCCAUUGUUGUGGAGUUCAUCCUCACCCAUGUGGACCAGCUCUUUAGGGGUGAUUCCCUCUCUGCUGGUGUAGAUUUGGAGAGUGGAUGGAAAUCACUUCCAGGGGCCCGGGCCUCAGGCAGCGCUGAGGACCUCAUGCCCACACCUCUUUCCUACCACUUGCCUAGCAUCUUGCAGGCUGGGGAUGGACCGCCACAGAUCCGACCGUACCAUACUAUCAUUGAGAUUGCAGAACACAAGAGAAAGGGGUCAUUGAAGGUCAGGAAAUGGCGCUCUAUCUUCAAUUUGGGUCGCUCUGGACACGAGACAAAACGUAAACUUCCAUUGAGGACUGAGGACAGGGAAGAAAAAUCCAGUAAGGGGACACUGCGACCUGCUAAGAGCAUGGACUCACUGAGUGCUGCUGCUGGAGUCAGUGACGAGCCAGAGGGGCUGGUGGGCUCCAGCAGUUCUCAGCCAAGCUCACUGAUGAUUGAGAGCUUGGAGAAUAGUUCUAUGGAUGCAGCAGAAGGUGAACAGGAGCCCGAAGCAGAGGCACUGGGUAGUGCAAAUUCUGAGCCAGGAACUCCACAAGCUGGGCGGUCGGCUGUUCGGGCCUUAGGUAGCAGUCGAGCCGAGCGUUGUGCUGGUGUCCACAUCUCAGACCCCUACAACGUCAACCUCCCUCUGCACAUAACCUCUAUCCUCAGUGUACCUCCAAACAUCAUCUCUAACGUCUCCUUGGUCAGGCUCACCCGUGGCCUUGAGUGCCCUGCUCUACAAGCCCGGCCAAGCCCUGCUUCAGGUCCUGGCCCAGGCCCAGGCCUUGGCCCUGGCCCCCCAGAUGAGAAAUCAGAGGCAAGAUCAGUCCCAGGCCCCCUGGAUGACUUGAGCCCUAUGGACAUGGCUCCUGCCCUGGAGGACUCCUUGUCCCAGGAGGUGGAAGAGUUCUCUGUGGAGCCACCCCUGGAUGAUCUGUCUCUGGAUGAUGCACAAUAUGUCCUGGCUCCUAACUGCUGUUCCCUUGAUUCUGCUAGUCCUGACGUAGAAGAGGACUAUGGGGAAGAAGUCUUCUUGAGUGCCUAUGAUGAUCUGAGUCCCCUUCUGGGGCCUAAACCCAUCAACUGGGAAGGUGUAGGGAGUCUGGAGGAAGAGACAGCAAGGUGUGGGAAACAAUCUCCAACACAGGCUGAAGAAGAACAGGCAUGCUGGGAAACUGGGCAGGACACAGAGGCUGAGCCCCAAAGCACAUCAGAUAACAGGGAAGAAGCCGAGUCAGCUCCAGAGACUGAGAUUGAGGCUGGAAAGCCUGAUGAGAAAGGAGGGGAGGCUGAAAGAAGCCAAGAGGUGAUGGGUAGUUUGGAAGAAGGGAAUGGGGAAGAGCUAGAGGCCAAGGAAGAAAAUUCCAAAGGUCAAGAGGCUGAAAGUAUAGAGGAGAUCAAGGAUAUGGGCAAAACAAGAGAACAGGGUAGAGAUGAGGAGAGAGAGAUCGAGAGAAAAGGAGGAGCCGAGAAAGGAGAGGACACCCCAGUAGAAUCUGAGCUGGAUCCAGAGCAUAUGCCCCAGGAAUACCUGGUUCCUGAGGAGAGCUGGGUUGUUAUUCAUAAACAUGAGGCUGAGAAAGGCAGAGAGGGUGAUAUCAGACUGAGGAGGAAGAGUGACCAUAAGUCAAGAGAAGACCAAGGACACGGUGAAGACAGUAGAAGUCCAGAAGAAGGUGAUAAUGGGAAGGAAGUGGAUAACAGCAAGGAACAAAAAAGCAUAGAUGUAGAAACUGAAGGCAUGAGAGGUGUUGGUGUCCACUUAGAAGAGGGGGGCCUCUCUGAAGGGCCAGGUGUCGAGUUACUGAGGGUUGCCAGCACAGAAGAAAUCAAUGAAACCUCUGAAAUGGAACAAGCCCCCGUACAGCCAUCUGAAAUGGAAGGGAUGGAGGCUGAGGGACAGCUCAACCCUGAGACAUGUGACAUGUAUUCUUGUCCCUGUGGGUCAACUGGUGGUGUGGGCAUGCGUCUGGCUUCCACCCUAGUUCAGGUCCGACAGGUCCGUUCUGUUCCUGUAGUGCCCCCCAAACCACAGUUUGCCAAGAUGCCCAGUGCAAUGUGUAGCAAGAUCCACAUAGCACCAGCAAACCCAUGUCCAAGGCCUGGUAGGCUUGAUGGGACUCCUGGAGAAAAAUGGAGUUCUCGAGCUUCCUGGAGGAAUGGAGGUAGUCUUUCUUUUGAUGCUGCUGUGGCCCUGGCCCGGGAACGCCAGAGGACCGAAGCUCAGGGAGUUCGGCGGACCCAGACCUGUACUGGAGGUGGGGAUUAUAGCCUCAAUUCCAGAACCUCUCCUUGUAGCAUGAUCCCUGCCCAUUCUUCCCGGCCCUUUAGCUGUCUGGAGCUCCCACCUGAUGCCAUAGAAGGGUCUGAGCCCAGGAGUCGGUUUAGUCUGCCCCCUAGAGAGCUUCACCCUGCUGUACCUCUUGUGGUCCCUCAGCGCCAGACAUAUGCAUUUGAAACACAGACCAAUCAUGGGAAAGAUGAAAGGGUGUGAUGAAGACUGGACAAGAAGGACCAAGAAAUCAUCACCAAUCUCUGGAGUACUUGCCUAACUAUCUUUGAUGCCUUAGCAGCUGUGAUGUCUAAUUCCAUAGGCUUGGGUCCUCCAGUUACUUGUUUUGACCUUAGGAGGCACUGCCUUGGUGGGUGUACUUGAGUUUGUGUUAGACACAAAAAGCACUUAUGUCUUAGCAGAGUCUUAAGGAAUAUAAAAGAUCUUGUUUCCAUGGAACUGUGUUAUUAGCCAAAACAUAGGGAAGGUAGAAGCUUACGGUUUUUAUUCUAAAUUUAAUACAGAGGGGGAAUUCCAGACAAACUCCCGCCCUCUUCUAAGACUGUGAACUUCUGUUCACAGAAGUCUAGGGUAGAUGUGGGAGAUAUAGGACCAGAUAUAGAAUAGCUCACCCCUGUUUUGUUCCCAGAUUUUUGUCCAUCUCCUGACCCUCUUUAGUUUCAGAGUAGGAGAAACAUAUAUCCAAGAAGUUCUUUAAAGUCCUCAGUGUUUGCUGAAGAGAAUGGAUGACAUCUCUGCCUUCAAUUGUUUUACAGAAGAGGUCCUAUACAGAUCUCACUGAUGUUUCUUUUCCCCAUUAGAAUAACCUCCAUUAGAAUAACCUCCUCCCAUUUUAGGAAAAGAAAAUUUUGUCACUUUGGCCCUACCACUGUCUCUACUCAAGCUGGGACUACAGGUCCCAUUUAGCAAUGGUGGCUGUUUGAUAAUAAAAGCUGAUUUUUUUUUUUUUUUUACUUUUAAA